UUCCAGCCGUGAAAGGGCAGCUAGAUACAAGGUGCAGACCAUUCUCCCACCCUAAGUGACAUAAUUGACAGAUCGGGCAAACACCAAUAAUUGGUAAGCUGUACAAGUGGUUUCUGCAAUUUCCUCCCGGCGGGCGGGUCGUACUUUGAUUCUUUUGGUUUUUCCAAGUCGUCCCUUGGCGACAACAACGUGCCGUUCCUUUUUCAACUCUUCCUCAGUUGACCGGUGAGCAAAGCAUAUAUCAGCCAUCCUCUCAGCCAACGUACAAAUCUCCUUGACAGCGUUAGGCAGUCCAUCCUCAACCUUCAGUUCUUCAAAGCACCUUACCAAAAAGGAACCAUGGCUGCCAAAACCACAUCAUGCUUUACUUUCCUAAAGGAAGCGCUGAUCCUCCCCACGUUAAACCCCAAGCUCUUCACGCCCUUGCUCCUCCUCUUUGCCGCCGCCGCCUUCCUUGACCACAUAGUCAAUUUCGUGUUCGUCCAGCCUCUCGCCGACGUCGUGGCCGGCCAUGCCACCGAGCUCAACAACACCGACUUCUCGAGCGCCGAAUACGCCAAGCUCAUGGAGAUGGAGGGGCCAAAGCAAGACGGCAUGAAGUUCAUCCUCAUCGCCGUAUCCGAGGUGAUGGUCGCCCUGGCGGUCGGCUUCGUCAAGAAGAUCCUCUUCCUCUUCGCGGCCUCCACGACCUACUCCGGCGGCCGCUACUCGCUGGCCGAGCUCCUGCGCGAGCUGGUCAAGGGGAGGAUCAGCCUGAAGGGGCCUUCCAUCACCAUCGCCGUCGUCGACGCGCUUGACUUCGCGUCGGCGGUCCUGGCCGCGCUGAUUCCCGCUCCCGCCCUGAUGGGCGGGCUCUCGGGGGUGCUCUCCGUCCAGGGUCUCGUCUACCUCAUCGCGCUCCUCACCUCCCUCUACUUCACCGCCGUGGCGUUGGUGGGCGUCGGCGCGUCGGUGGUCGACAGGAGGUGCCGCGGCGUGGGGGCGCUCCGGCAGGCGUGGCGGCUCGUGACGCUGGUGAGGAGAAAGGAGGGCCUCCUGCUGGUGCUCGUGGCGCACUUCGUGCCGACCGUCGUGGCUCCGCUGUACCGGGUUGCUCUUGCGUAUGCCAAGACGAGCAUGGCGGUGUGCUUGUGCUUGUUGGCUGUGCAUGCUUUUCUGUCUUGUGCGCUGCAGCUCGUCUCUCUGAUGGCAGCAACGGUGUACUACUACCAAGCCAUGCAGACCAAGGAGGUGAUCAAUGCCUUGCGGUUAUGCUAAGAGCACAUUCCUUUCGGGGAAGGAGAUGUGUCCUUCAUCCAAUACUGGUUAUAAUGCUAUAGAGGGAUGCUUUGAUUUCUUCGUGUGACAAUGUAUACAAGUCCUUGUUCAAAAAAUGUAUACCAGCUGUACGCAAGGUUU